AUUGUUGGAAGACUCAGUGUUUGUUCUCAAGGGCCCUCCGAAAAAGUAGAAAAAAUCGUCUAUCCUUGCAAUUUCUGCUCAAUAUUGCUCAGUAAAUGUGAUCUUAGGCGUGUCACGCGUCCGUGAACAUGAAGUGGUAUCUGUGGUUGCUCAAUUUAGGCCUCUUCUGCGCAGCAGCCGAUGGCAGGAGGGAUGUUCGAAGGAAGCUCACGGCUGAACUCAAUCCGGGCUGCCCCGAGAGCAUCUGCGACGAGUUGGGCAACAUCACCAGUGUCGUCCACGUGAGGUCCCUUGGCGCUAGAGACACUAUCCACUAUGUGUGGGAUCUUACGGGGAAGCCCUCCGCCCUGGUGGCCCUGUGUAGCCCGGAUGCCAAGCUGUCCAUCAAUUGGGAGGACUUUCUGGACGGCAAGAUUGGCAGCGUGAGCUUCUCCGAGACGCCGCGUUACAUCUUUGGAGUGGUACUUAGUCGCCUGUGGGAGUACAACGACGAGGACGAUGUGGGCACCUUCACAGUGACCAACGCUUCGCAAGUCAAUGCUUUCAGUCUGCACGGAUUCGCCUGGGAGCGUCAGCUCUUUCGCACCAACGAUGACUCCGUGGAGCUCUCUGUCAAGUCUCACGGAGCCAAGGGCUUGCCGGGCAACUUUGAGCUGUCCCUCGCCACAUUCGCCACCCCCGAUCACGGCCCCAUGACGCCCCAUCUUAUGCACACGGAGAACUCCACGCAGAUCGAUCUCAUUCUCGACUCCAUCCUCACCAACGAGACCUUUCCGCAGCCCCGCUUCGCCAUCGAGGUCGUCCUUGUGGCCAUGGAGUCCCGGAAGGACAACUACACGGUGGUGGUGAGGAAGAGCCUCGACGAUGAGUUCACGCCAGGCAUCUUCAAGAUCGUCAACGUGGCUUCGCCUGCCUCCGUGAACGCCAGUUCCGGCGGCUAUCUGCAAUACCGUCCUGUGUCUUACACUCACGAGGAGCGAGACGUGAGCACAUCAACUCAGACCUACCAAAGCUCACCGGCGACUCCCAGCAAUGCUAUCAAGAAGCUCAACAACACCCUCUUCCGCUCAAUUUUCGGUGACUCGGUGGAGACGAUGCUGGUGCAAGCGCUCAAUGUUUCCUUCGGCGCCAGCGGCGAUGGAUUCUACACCAAAUACAACUACACAACUUGGACCUUUGUCGUGGGCUAUGGAGCUCCGCUGCCGGACAAGUUGUCCCUGUUCGUCGUGGUCGUGGCCACAAUUGGCCUCGGAGUGCCUCUUCUGCUGCUGUGCUGUGGCGGAUGCUAUGUGUGCGUGAAACGCGUGAGAAACAACUCCUAAAAUCUCCACUCUGUCCAGUAAUUCCGCCUCUCCGUGAGAUUUUAUCAACUAGUGAAGAAAAAGGAUUCAAUGUGAAUUGAUGAGUAUUAGCUUUCGCCAUGUGGCGAGAUUCAGUGCUUUUGUGCACAAUUUAGGAGCGAUUUUUACACAAAUCACCCAAUUUGUAUAUUUUUUAUCGUGACAUCUAGUUUAAUUGAGUGCCUUUUAAAUUAUUGUUGAUAGGUAGGAGACGAAAAGACAAAGUUAUCUCUAUUCCUCACGAAAACUCAUGUUAAAUGUACAUUUUUAUCUCUUCGAAUAAAUUAUAAAUAAUGCUAUC